UUAUGCCUGAUGUUCCUGUCCAACCAGUCAGGCAGCAGGUGAGGCUUUGCUGCAAAUGAGACUAGUUGAAUGCUUUUGCCCAUGAACAAGGUACUCUCUUGGAAGCCCCAGUGGAUGCUGCCAGUUUGCAAAUAAGGGCUUGGCCAGCUCGGGUGACAGCCAGCCAGCAGAGCUGAGGAGCCCAAUAAUAAAUCCUGCAGCGGGGGAUGGUAAUUAUAGUGAUAAGAUCUGGUGUCAGGCGGCGCGUGGCCGGCCCCACUGCUAAAUUAGCCCCUGCAUGCCACUGCCCUACUGUGUUUUCUAACUGGUUUAGCAUACAUUUCACUGAUUCCCAUCCUGCCCUCCAACAAGUGGCCUACGAGUCCAGAACAUCACACUUCAGAAUCGCAGUGCCACUCUGAGGCUUGAGGCAAUGAACUACAAAAGGUCAUGCGGCUGGAAGCGGUGAGAAAAUGCAAGAGCGUGUAAGGCCGUUCAGAAAGCAGAGCUACUACAAGCUAAAGCGCAACUGCCUGAAACAUGGGGAGCUGUUUGAAGAUCCUCUUUUUCCACCCACUUUGGAGUCCCUGUACUACAAAAGAACUCCACCUAGUGAUAUCGAGUGGAAACGGCCUUCGGAGAUCUGCAGGGAUCCAAGGCUUUUUGUGGAUGGCAUCAGCUCCCGAGAUCUACAUCAGGGCAGCCUUGGAAACUGUUGGAUGGUUGCUGCCACCUCCUGUCUUGCCACAGAACCCGCUGUCUGGAAAAAGGUGAUUCCAAAUUACAGAGAACAGGACUGGAAUCCUAAGCACCCAGAAAAAUAUGCUGGAAUUUUUCACUUUCGUUUCUGGAGGUUUGGAUUCUGGAUUGAUGUGGUCAUUGAUGAUCGCCUACCCACAAGCAAAGGAGGAGGAUUGUUGUUCUGCCGAUCUAACAAUGAAAAUGAGUUCUGGUGUGCACUACUGGAGAAAGCAUAUGCCAAAUUAAAUGGUUGCUAUGAAGCUUUGGAAGGUGGUAACACAGCAGAAGCCCUGGUUGACUUCACUGGUGGGAUAUCUGAACCAGUCUGCCUUGACCAAGGCAAAAUUUUAGAAGGUCAAGAUGAAAGAAAACAUCUCUACAAGAGUCUGAUGAAAGCUUACACUAGAGGUUCUCUAAUCAGCUGCUCCAUUCGACCAGCACAAGGGGAAGCCCUUGAAUCCCAGAUGGGUUGUGGCCUGGUCAAAGGUCACGCAUAUGGUGUUACAGAUGUUAGGAAAUUACGACUCGGUACUGGUCUGUUGUCAUUUUUUAGGACAAGUCGUCUGUAUAUGAUUCGCAUGCGCAAUCCUUGGGGGACAACAGAAUGGAGUGGAGCAUGGAGUGAUGGGUCACAAGAAUGGAAUCAAGUCAGCAAACAUGAGAGAGAAAAGCUGGGUGUGACCGUCAGCGAUGAUGGAGAGUUCUGGAUGAACUUCGAUGAUUUCUGCUCUUACUUCACUGACUUGGUGAUUUGCCGUCGGAUCAAUACCUCUUUGCUCAGUUUCCACAAGACAUGGCUGGAGGCAUGUCUCUUUGGGGAGUGGGUUCCUGGCCAGGGUCUCGACAACCGGAGUGGGGGUUGCAUAAACAACCGUGAUACUUUUUUACAGAACCCGCAGUUUAUGUUUGAGGUGGUCCACAAGGAAGACAUUUUGUUCUGCCUGCAGCAGGAAGACAGACGAGCAAUGAGGAAGGAAGGGACAGGAGAGAACCUGGCCAUUGGCUUUGAAGUCUUCCAAGUGGAAGUGAACCGCAAGUACCGGCUCCACACCAUUCCACCAAAGGCUGCAAGUUCUGUCUACAUUGACUCGAGGAGUGUGUUUCUGAGAACAGAACUGAAGCAGGGCAGAUACAUAGUCAUUCCAACCACUUUUUCAGCUGGGGAAAAGACCAAAUUCCUACUGAGGAUGUUUACAGAGACAAAAAGCAAUUUCAGGGAGGUGACCCUGGAUCAGCCAAAACCUUCCAUUUGGCGCUGCUGUUGGGGCUCUUAUUGCCGUGUCACGUCCAUUCACCUUCAAAGUGCUGUUGGAUUGGUGCUACGAGGAGCGAGCAGAGACCCAGACGUGUUUGCCAUGAUCAAGUGUGAAGGAACCUCAGUAAGGUCAAACGUAUUUAAAUCUUCAAGCAGCCCGGAUUUCAACCUUAAAGCCAUCUUUUACCGAAGAAGCCCCCGUCGAUCAAUCAAGAUUGAGGUCUAUUCCAAAGGUUUCUUCAGGAACAUCCUACUGGGAUGUGUUUCAGUGGACGCUGCUGUUAACGAAAUGGGGAAGAGCCAAGUGCUGAGUCUGCAGGACAGCAAAAGAGGUAGCCGAGCAACGGGCUCCGUCCUCAUCGAGACGUCUUCCAGUGACUGUCUGACGGACUUAUAAAGUGCCUCCCCUUGUGAGCUGGACCAAGAUCUACCCUGGAAUAGAAUAUGGGAGCUCAUUCUGAUGGACGUGUGACUUAUGCAUCCAAGCUGGAUUGGACAAGAGGCCCAGUUUGUUAGCGAUGCUUCUUCCAAGCAGAUGCCAUGAACGAUGGUAUUAAUCCAGGGUGGUGGGGUGGUGGACUCUCAUACUCUUUUUUUUUUUUUACCUGAAUGACAUCAAAUGUGCCAUAAUAAAUCAAUUGAAUUUGUAUACUUAGACUUAUUUAUACUUAAAUUGAGGUGCUGGGCAUCCCAAUGGAUUUAACAGGACCCAAAGAAGAGUCUCCUCA